AUGGCUAAACUUGUAAUUUUGGGCAUCCAUUCAAAGUUUUGGUUAAAGAUUCGUUUUUGAACAAGGAGAAGAUCUGUAGACUUUCCCUUUGUUUUAAUCCGAAUGCCACAGGCGGCCACAUUUGCUAUUUUUGAUUAAGAAAGAAGAAAAAAAUCAACUUGAGAAUGUCUCUUGUUGAUUUUUUUUUCGAUGGUUUAAAUAUUUUUCUACUCUGAAGAUUGCGCAGUCCCAUCCUGUAUUGAGGAAAGCAUAAGCGUGCUAAACUCUGAACUAUUCCUUAUCCAAUUCAAUUUUGAGGAUACCUUUCACCCUCAGAUGACAUGAUGACAUUUUGGGGGCAUAAAGUAGAAAUUUGGGACAUUUUUAUGAGCACAGUAUAUUGAGGAUAUAUGAAAGUGUUUAGGAUCACUGUUAAAAUAUUUUCAUUUUCAGUAUUUUCCUUAUUUGUUUCAAAAAUAUUCUUAGAGGUGCGUAUUUCGUCUCAAUAUUAUGGCAUUAUUUCGUCUCAAUAUAUUUUUCACAGAAAUCUAUUUGGCAUUUUCCAGACCUUCCACCCCAUCAAGAGAUUGGGAUGCCUUCCCUAUCUCCUACAAUGACUGAGGUUUUUAUCCUUUACUCAUUAUGGGAUGGUAUUAUUGAGUGAUUUUUUUAGUAAUUGAAUUGUACUUACAUUUCCGUUUUGAUGGGUUGCAUAGGGAAAUAUUGCACGUUGGAUGAAGAAAGAAGGAGAUAAAGUUUCUCCUGGAGAAGUACUCUGUGAAGUUGAAACUGUAAUGACUCUGUUUUCAAGUAUAUAGGCCUCAUGUAUUGAUCUUUCUGCUAUUUAUACCUUGAAACUUUUUUUUUAUUUACUGUCCUUUAUUUCGAAUAUAUAGGACAAAGCUACAGUAGAAAUGGAAUGCAUGGAGGAAGGUUACAUUGCUAAGAUAAUACAUGGGGAUGGUGCAAAGGAAAUAAAAGUUGGUGAGGUAUACAUAUUCUCAUUUUGGAAAGCAAAAUUCGUCAUAGCUGGUGUCUCCAUUUCAGAAGAUUAUGUUGAUAUGUUUGUGUACGUAUCUAGUGGUAUGGCCUUUUCUUUUAAUCUUAUUCGUAUGUUCUCCCAUGUGUGUGACACCAUGUACUGGAUAUUAGCUUCGCUUUUGAAUCUGGUAACCAAUAGGUUUCUCUUAGUAGAACUACUAUGUGGCCAUAUUUCUUCCAUUCUAGCAUCACUCUAUAAUUACCUUUAACCGAUCUUCUCUGUGGAGCAUAGUAUAUUGAAUUAUAAAAGUGUUUAUUUUUCCUUUUGCGUUUCAUAUUUACAUUGUUGGUUUUGUUCUUUUAUAAAUUUAUGCAUGUAAGUAUUGAUGGCAUUGGACAGGUUUAGUGGUACAUGAGAAACAUUGAGAGUGGAUGUAGGUUUUCAUACUACCAUGUCACGUUCCUUCUGAAAUAUAGUUGUAUUUUUAGUUAUGCUGAAGAUAUGAUAAUAAAAUAGGAAUUUUUAUUGCCAUUAGGUUAUUGCCAUAACUGUGGAGGAUGAAGAUGAUAUUGUGAAGUUUAAGGAUUACAAAGCUUCCGAAUCUCCUGGGGCUGGUGAUGUUAGUGCACCAUCUGAACCAACAUCAAAAAAAGAGGAAGUGGAACCUGUUAAAACGAACGGACCUGUGGCACCAAAGACUGAUGAGACCACACGAGCAGAAGAUCGUGUUUUCUCAAGUCCACUUGCAAGAAAGUUAGCAGAGGACCAUAAUGUAAGUGAGCACAUAGCUUUAGUAGCUAUUUUAUACUAUCCAUUAUAAAAUUGACAAAUUACUUCAAAUGACGAGCGAAGUUCUCAAGUUCUCGUGCUUGUUACAGGGCAUAUUAUUUUCAAGUUACUACUGAUCUUCUUGUAAGGAACUUGAUAGCAAUUAUCUAACUUUAAGUUACAUGAAUGUAGGUGCCUCUUUCCAGCAUCACAGGCACAGGACCUGAUGGCCGCAUUUUGAAGGCUGAUAUUGAAGAUUACCUGGGUUGUGGUUUUCUCCCGUUCUUUCGAUUUUCGAAAUUCCUAUGCUUAUAUAUUUACUUUUGGAGUAGGUAAUCUUUAUUUUGGUUUAUGAUUAGGGGAGUGUACAGACAUCUAAGAUAAAAACGUAUCAAAUAAAAUAAGUUGACCACACCUCUACUAAUUAAUAUUGCCACUUUGCUACCAUAUUUGUCAUCUUUGAUGAAUAAAUCAAGUUUUUGAGGAUAGGGUACUCUUCUGUCUUCUUAUUACUCCUCCAAAUUAUAUUAUCCUUCUAUUCGUUUAUGCCUCUUCAUUUCUCAAGCAUUCUCUUCUGAAUUGGGAUUCUUGGACUUGUUACCAUCAUUAUUGUUCGUGAAUAAUGAUGUUUCCGGUUUCUUUUUUUUUUCUUUGCCUGUGCGAAUUCCUGAUGCCAUUGGAUUUUUGUAUGUCUUCCUGGUGUUGGUCUUCUCUGAUGGGUCAAGCUUCUCGUGACCAGCUUGUCACUCCCCACCAAUGCGUUAGAUUCAGGAUUAACAUAUUCAUUUAUUCGACAUUUUCAAAAAGAACUCAUUACUUUCCUCCAGAGUCGUACAAGUUAGUGAUGAAGCUCUGAUCAAUUUGGAAUUCAGUAUUCAUAUAUGAACCACGCAGGCUUUCAAGUUGACUCGAAUUAAUCCUCUUGUGGGAUUAUUCUCUAAAGUUUAUCUUUCAGUCUACCAGACUACCUAGUUGUAGUUCAGUUGAUAAUCAUCUCCUGCAAUUCCAUGUAUAUGUAUGCUUCCACAACAUCGUGUUAUUUGUGGAUCAUUUACGUUUUUAUCAUGACCAUGCUUCAUUGUGAUACUUUGAUAAUGGAAAUAUUGUUACCCUUCCAAGCCUAUCAGCAAUACUGUUUUUGUUUUAUCUCCUUUUGGUUCUAGAGUAUGAGCAGUGUUAUAUGAUCAUGAAUUACAACAUUCCCAUGCACACAAUGCCAUAGAGAAGGAUUCACAAUUUUAUGCACUUGUUCCAACGAGGCUGUAUUUCUCAAUCUGAUUUCCUGUCACGUUCUCAAAAUGUGGCAGCUCGCACCUCCAAGCCAUCUUCCAAAGUAACGGAACCAACUGCAGCUCCUUCAUUGGAUUAUUCUGACAUUCCAAACUCACAGAUAAGAAAAGUAGACACCAGUUACCGUCACUCUACAAGUGUGGAAGCUAAUACCGAUAAAACUAUGCCCUGAUUUUUUGGUCUUUUUUAUUUUUUGAUUGAAAAACCUGACAGGUGAUUGCUUCACGGCUGCUUCUCUCAAAGCAAACCAUUCCUCACUAUUAUUUGACAGUGGAUAGCUGUGUGGAAAAACUUAUGGAGUGAGACCUUUUCUUAAUCAUUCGCCAUUUUUUAGCUCACUAUACAAGUUGGUUGUUGAUUUGAACGGUUUUAUAUGAUGUUCAGUUUGCGUGGCCAACUUAAUACCCUACAAGAAGCUUCUGGCAGGAAACGCAUUUCAGUAAAUGACCUUGUGAUAAAGGUUUGUUGCAUUUGCUUUUUUGAAAAACAGUGCAUUAUGAACUUUUUCAGGUUUCUUUUCAUUUUUAUGUAUAUUUCAGUUUACGAGUUCGUGAUACAGUCACAAAGACUUACCGGGGAUCAUAUAGAUGGAGUUGACUAAUCAAAUCUGUCAAAAGCAAGAAAAUAGUUCAGGUUCAGAAUAAGAAUCAUUUACGUUCUGGGUUGGAAAACGUGUGAGGUGCUUCUGAUCUCCUGUAGAUGGACUCGUGAAAAGGCGAGUUGAUUACUUGAAAAGCAGAGGCUUGAAAGCAUUUAUGUUCCUGAGGGAAAAAAGGGUUAGUGAAAUGAGUCGGUGUAAUUUUUUAAAUGGGCACGGUUUCUGGACCAACAUAACCAAUUAUUAUCUAAUACCGUUGUGUUCAACAAAAAAGAAAAAAAACAGAUUUCAAGAUUGCAGACUGUUGUUGGGGAUGUAUUACUAGGCUGCAAUGUCACGAAUAUUAAGUCUUUCUGCUGGAUAACUGGGUGUUGGGAUGCAGUUGUGGAACGACAGGACAGCCCUGAAACACACUUUUCUUCCUUAAUAGAAUGAAAGUCAGAAUACUGGAAAGGAAGUUUGACCCAAAACGGUGAAUUUUAUGAUAAACGACUUUUAUGCAAUUUAACUGAGGAAAAUGAGGAGCAUUUAUAUUUCACACGCAUGAUAACCGAGACAUGUGCAGGACAGCAACAUGAUCUACUUGAUCAAGUUUCUGAACCUUGAUAUCAGAAGCUCUCCAGCAAAUGAAUGUAAAGGCUUGAGCAGAGGUUAUACCCCAUCAUGACUCAGGGGGUAUUUAGAAACAUACGGAAGCAAGAAUUUUAAUGCCUUUCUGACCACAAUAGAUUGACGAUUAUAUAUGCUGGUUAGAUAAUCAACUGAGGAUUUGACGCUGGGAAUGUCUUUGCCCCUCCUAGUAACGUAAAUAUGACUGGUUGCUUGAAAAUUUUAUUUGCUCUUCAGCGCUUGCAUACUUCCAAUACAGUACAGAUCGUCUUGUCAUUUUAAUCAAAAUCGGUAUAGUUAAUGGAUGAUGCUCUGUGGGGUCAUAUUCCUUUCUCAUUCAAUCUAUGAUCUAUGGGUUGCUGUUUCUCUUUCUCUCAUAGAAUUAAAACAGUAAUUCCUUGACCAGGAGUAGAGGUAAACUCUCUCUGUGGUCCUAUUUGUAUGUCAUUUUCCUUUGCUGAGGUUUAACUUUGUUUUCUGUUUUUUGUAUUAUUUGGUUGUUUUAAAGGCUAAAUAGACACAUUAUCACAACCUAAUCGUAAAAUAUUUAAAUUUUACAGAAUGAGGUCACGUUGCAAUAAACUGAAUCUUCUAACCCUUGUGAAAUCUAAUUUCAGGCGGCUGCUCUGGCUCUGCGGAAAGUUCCACAGUGCAACAGUUCCUGGAUGAACGAUUAUAUUCGACAGUGAGCAUUAUCAUCCCUUUUGGAGAACUCUUCUGGAUAUUAAAAGGGAUCUGCUCUCAGCCCUCUUCUGUAAGCACGGUUGCAGGUACCACAACGUCAACAUAAGCGUAGCAGUUCAGACAGAGCAUGGACUCUUUGUUCCCGUGAUUAAGGUGAGUACUACGAUUAAUCUAAUCGUUGGAACUGGCAUUAUCUCAUAGCUUUUGACAUUCUUUGCUGGGGCCACUGCAGGAUGCAGACAAGAAGGGUUUAUCUGCAAUCGCUGCGGAGGUAAAGCUUCUGGCUCAAAAGGCUAAAGACAACAACCUCAAACCCGAAGAUUAUGAGGUGUGUGCCUUGAUAACGUAGAAUCUUUUUGAAGGUAUCACGGACAAGGAGAACCAUAGGGUUUGCUCGUGUUUUCUGGCUCUGAUCUGAUGGAAUUUGCAGGGAGGCACGUUCACUGUAUCAAAUUUAGGUGGACCCUUUGGCGUCAAGCAAUUCUGUGCAAUAAUUAAUCCUCCUCAGGCUGCGAUCCUGGCUGUGGGUUCUGGUAGGUCUUCUCCUAACCUAAGAGAGGAGCUUCGAAUUAGUUGGCAUCACUCGUCUUCUAUUAGACCGAGUGUCCAGCUAGUGUUGGGCACCUGUCGUGUACAAAAUCUAUUGUUCAGAUUCAUCACAAAAGACACUUCUGAAUGAGGUAUUUUGGUGGACUGGGACAGCUGAGAGGAGGGUCGUACCAGGCACGAGCCCCCAUCAAUUCGAGUUUGGCUCCUUCAUGUCAGUCACCCUGAGCUGCGACCACCGCGUUAUUGACGGUACGAGAGCCUAUUAAUUGAUUCUUUUUUCAGCUCCUCCAAUCGGCUAAUGCAUUAUGCCUGAAUUGCAGGAGCGAUUGGUGCAGAGUGGUUGAGGGCAUUCAAGGAGUACAUUGAGAACCCACAAUCCAUGUUGCUAUGA